UGCUGGGAACAGGCAAAGUGUCGGCUGUUGGACAUUUUCCCUUCGUCGUAAUCAAUCGAUUCGUUAUGACCGCGAUAAUGCAGUCACAGUGUUACCGUUUUGCUUCCAACGCAGGCAAAUACACCGUACUUCACCGUACUUCACCGUUCGGCGAGAAGACGCAAGAAACGUGGUUUGCCGACCGCGCGGCCAUUUCCAAUUUUCCGGAGCCGUCGACCCUUUGCUUCGAGGAAGCUGACGACGACGUAUCGCUCUUUCGCACACCUCGCAGUCACGGCACUUUUCGAUUCUCCAGCGGGGAGAGAGUACCCAUCGUCCACAGUGUCCGCGCAGUAAUCCGAGGAGGGCACGGUGGCACAAAGCGGCCGAGGGCCCCGUAAGUGACGACACCACGCAAGAGGAGACUGCGACGGCUAGUGCGGGCCAAUACCAGACGAGAAAUAAC